AUGUUUGACUUGUUAGUUGUUUUUGGAGUGGCAUUUUUAUUCAUACAAAUAAUAAGAAUAUUAUUAAGCGGCUGUGAUCUUCAUUUACAAUGGUACUGUAAGUUCGGAGAGACACCAGCCUCACUGAAAGGCAAAGUGGUAUGGAUAACGGGUGCCUCCAGUGGCAUUGGAGAAGAGCUAGCCUACAAAUUAUCAUCAGUUGGAUGCAAACUUAUAUUAUCAGCAAGAAGAGAAGAUAGAUUGAAACAAGUCAAAGAUCUCUGUCUAAAACAAUAUUCAGGAAUUGGGACCGAAGACAUCUUCAUUUUACCACUUGAUCUUUUGGAUUUUGGAAGUCAUGCAAAUGCAGUUGAAGUUGUAUUUAAAAAGAUAGACGUGCUUGUAAAUAAUGCUGGUCGAUCACAGAGAGCCUUAUGGGAGAAAACAAGUCUUGAAGUUGAUAAAGCAAUGUUAAAUGUAAAUGUUCUCGGGCUUCUGUCACUAACAAAAUGUAUCUUACCAGAAAUGAUUAAACAAAACUACGGAAGGAUUGUUAUUACAUGUAGAGCACCAGGACUAGGUUCUUAUAGUGGAUCAAAACAUGCCUUACAUGGUUGGUUUGAAGCAUUGCGUAUAGAAGGAUACAACUAUAAUAUUGAUGUAACAAUGGUUUGUCCAGGUCCAGUGUUCUCAGAGGCAUUGCUGCAUGCGUUUACUGAAAGUGGCGAAAAGACAUUAGGAGUGGAAAUGAAACCUACAGAAAAAAGAAUGACUGCCGAACGAUGCGCUUAUCUUAUGUCUAUUGCAAUGGAAAAUGAUUUAGAUGAAGUUUGGUUAUCAGGAAACCCAGAACUGUUAUUUCUAUAUCUAUACCAAUAUUUUCCUACUAUAACAAGAAGAUUAGGAAGACGUAUAGGUGCCAAACGUGUCAAGAAGCUUCAAUCUGGAAUGACAAAUUUACACUAAGAUAUCAUGGGAAUAGCAGAAAUACAUUUUGUAUGUGGUUUGUUUCAUCGUAUCUUUGAAGGUACCGAAAAGUAUGGCCACUUAGAUAAUGGAUUUGAUAGACAUUUGAGGUUGUUUUUAUAGUUUAAAUAAAGAAAAUA